AUGGCCCUCGCAACUUUGUUUGGCCCCAUGUGGGAGCGUCUCCCCGCUGCCUACCUGCACCAACUUUUAUCCUGGAGUGAUGUUUGCCUGCAGAGGAAGCAGGAGAAAAGGCUCAGUAAGCAAAUCACCCGGGGCGACGAUGAGGCUACUUCUGUGAUGAAUCAAGAUGAGUGUGGCGUGUUUGUCUCCCGCUGUGACGGGGCGUCUCUAAUGGAGUGUGCUUCUCGCUCAGACAGGAGGUCUCAGGGGAUGAUGUACCUGGAAGAAAGGCGCCUGGUCCAUAGGGAUUUGGCCGCCCGCAAUGUGCUGGUGAAGUCGGCCAAUCACAUCAAGAUCACCGACUUCGGCCUCGCGCGGCUGCUGGAUGCCGACGAGAAGGAGUACAACGCGGACGGGGGCAAGAUGCCUGUUAAAUGGAUGGCUCUUGAGUGCAUCCACUACAGGAAGUUCACUCAUCAGAGCGAUGUGUGGAGUUAUGGAGUGACCAUCUGGGAGCUGAUGACGUUCGGAGGGAAACCGUACGACAGCAUCUCCACGCGGGAGAUCCCGGACAUCCUGGAGAAAGGCGAGCGCCUCCCUCAGCCGCCCAUUUGCACCAUAGAUGUCUACAUGGUCAUGGUCAAAUGCUGGAUGAUUGAUGCUGACAGCAGACCCAAGUUUAAGGAGCUUGCUGCAGAAUUCUGCAGGAUGGCCCGGGACCCCCAACGAUAUCUGGUCAUCCAAGGAGACGAUCGGAUGAAGCUGCCCAGCCCCAACGACAGCAAGUUCUUCCAGAGUCUCCUGGAUGAGGAGGACCUUGAUGACCUGAUGGAUGCCGACGAGUACCUGGUGCCUCGCGGUUUUGACGUAGCUCAUUCAUCAUACACAACGAGACCUCGAGUCGACUCAAACAGAAACCAGUUUGGCUAUCGGGAAGGAGGGCCAAACCCUUCAGAGGGUCUAGCAGAAGGGACAAAGGAGGAAGCCGCUGGUGGGCAGGGACCCACCCUGGAAGAUCAACACUGCAAUGGGAACUUGCAGAAGAAAGGUCUGAGCCAAGCUGGGGCUGAAGACAAUGGAGGACAGAGGUACAGCGCUGACCCCACCAUCUUCCUGGGCGAGAGGGUCUCCAGGGACAUGGACAAGGACGGAUACAUGACCCCCAUGAAGGACAAGAGCUCAUCAGAAUACCUGAACCCAAUUGAGGAAAACCCCUUUGUCUCUCGGCGUAAAAAUGGGGAGAUCCAUGCGUUGGACAACCCGGGCUACCACAGCACACCCAGCAGCCAGGCCAAAGCGGAGGACGAGUACAUCAACGAGCCCCUCUACUUCAACACCUUCCAUAGCACGGCUGAGACCCUGCGGAGAAACGGUCUGCCUCUUCCCACCCAGCCUCCUUCCGCCAUCUCAGCCGCCACCUCAGGGUCCCACCUCCCACUUAGCGUCCAGACCAGCCUGCCCCACUACCCUCUCCCCACGCCUUCGCCAUCUGGUAUGCCGUGUCACCACGCUCCGCUGACCCACAUCCUCCACGCCCACCACGCCAUCAAACCCACAGCACAAGCUAGCAUUCUCGGUGUCGGCUCCACCAGCCAGAGCCAAACAGGAACUACGGCGCAGGCCUUGGCCUGCCAUUCAGGUGUGCCAUCCACCGCGGCGGCCCCCAUCGGACUGGCCUGCCUGCCAGGCUACCAGAGCCACAUAGCCUCGCAGCCUGCCAGCCUGCUGAAGCACGGUGGACAGACAGCAGGUAAAGCCGCUGGGAAGAAGCUGAAGGUAACCUUUGACAAUCCGGAGUACUGGCAGCACAGCUUGCCUCCCAAACCAUCUGACAGCACCCAGGGCGGGUCCGCCAACGCUAAGCUCUUCUACAAGCAGAAUGGACACAUUCGGUCAGCAGUAGCUGAAAACCCCGAGUACAUGUCGGAGUUUUCCCUUAAAUCUGGCCCUGUUCUGCCACCUCCUCCCUACCGGCAGAGAAAUACGGUGGUCUAGAUUGAUCCAGCCUCUAGAAACCUCUGCAUUUCACUGACCAGAGCCUCCACAAACCCCAACUCUAACCAUGAUAUCCGUUAUAGACCGUAGCAACAUCACCGCAGAAGGCUACCUGCACUUCUGUCCAGUAGUUACCGACUGCGAUCCGAGACCGUGGGAUUGUGAAGGACGCGUCACCAUGUGGAAUUACGGUCAUUUCCAGCGGAAACUACUGCCGUCCACUCUGCUGUGUCCGUUGGAAGAGCAGAACAAGAUUCCCUUUUCUUAUUUCCCAUGUAUAGAAACCCAUGGAAGCGACAGGAACCUAUGAAGGACUUGGAACGUGUUUCAACUUAGUUCAUCGAAUGGAGGAAAACACGUCUGAGAAGCUGAUCGGUCAUGCUCAUAUUUUUACCCCAAGUAUUUAUUUUAUACAGUAAUGUUUGUUUCUUUUUCAUUGGGUUGGUGAAAAAAUGUAACUGUGCUGCUGUGACGACAUUAAGUUUACAUUUACACAUAUAGUACUUUGCUCCGAAUCACAAAAUACCCUAAAGCAGCAGAAAGUAGAAAUCGAAUGACUUUGGGAUAUCUCAAAAAGUCUGAAGGGAAAGGUUUUAUCAGCCAAAGCUGUGUACGAGUAUUAUUUACAUGUAUUUAAAUGACAUUAUUGAAAAUUUUUUUUACAGUUUAAGAGCCAUGUCACAACACAAUCUGCAAUCAUGUCCGACAAAUAUUCCAUUUUUUGCAGAAAAAUAUACUUGGUCGAUAUUUCCUAACAGUUAGGGCGAGGGCGUGUUUUUUUUUUCAUUAGCACUUUAUUGCCCUAGGAACUCUACUUUAUUUACCGUAUUUUUCCGGUUAUAAGUCGCUCCGGAGUAUAAGUCGCACCGGCCGAAAAUGCAUAAUAAAGAAGGAAAACAACAUAUAUACGUCGCACUGGAGUAUAAGUCGCAUUUUGGGGGGAAAUUUAUUUUAUAAAAUCCAACGCCAAGAAUAGACAUUUGAAAGGCAAUUUAAAAUAAAUAAAGAAUAGUGAACAACAGGCUGAAUAAGUGUACGUUAUAUGAGGCAUAAAUAACCAACUGCUAUGUUAACCUAACAUAUUAUGGUAAGAGUCAUUCAAAUAACUAAAACAAAUAGAACAUGCUAUACGUUUACCAAACAAUCUGUCACUCCUAACCGAUAAAUCCGAUAAAAUCUUCUUCUUCAAUGUCGCUUCUAAACAACUCUGCCAACUCCAAAGGUAUGCGCCGCUUCCUCUUGUUGUUUUCUGCUGCAUAUUUCACUACGUCCAGCUUGUAAUCUGCAGUACAUGAUUUCCUUUUCGGUGCCAUUUUUGUUCAGCCCUUCUCAGUUUUUAUAAGUUACCGCCAACGUUGAAA